CCUUUCCUUUCCCUGCUCCAGAGAGCCCUUCCCACAGCCGCCAGCCACGGGGCUGCACCGAGGGGAUGCUGUUGUCCAGGAGGGCUGGGGCAUGAGACCCUCUUCACAGCGGGCAAGGAGCGGGGCUAGGACAUCUCCUGGCCAGGCUCGGGGCCCAGUAUGGCUCGGGGAGUGCUGAGCACCUAGCCCUAGCCCUGAAGGGGUGGGCGUCUGCUCCCCGGGACAGCUGCCGCUGGACUGGGGACCUUUUUGCCACCAAGCCCUGCUCCUGAGCAGCCAGGCGGCCCGUGAGCAAGUGAGGACGGAGGCAUCUUCCUUGCCGUGCCCGGGCUAUGCACCAGAGGAGGUGGUCCUGGCUGUCCCAGACGCCGAGCAGCUGGGCAGUGGUGGCAUGGGGGGCACAGGCAGGGAGAUGGGGUCUUGAGCUGCUGCUCACGUGGAGCCCCUAGGCAGCCGUGGCCUCUGAUCCCCGUGUUUGGGACAUGCCGGGGAUUUUCUGACCUCUGCCAGAUUCAGGACACGCUCCAAGGACAUGGGAUUCCAGGUUUAUCUUCUGCUUCUCCUCUUACGGCCGGCAGGGGCCAUCUUGGACAUCACCCUGAUUGCCAACGUGCAGAGCCUGUCUCACUCUGACUUCUUCCUCUCCUGCGUCAUGGGGGAGCGCGAUGUGAGCUACCUGCAGAUCGAGCGGGAGAACAAGAUCGUGAUGACACACCCCAAGACGGGCUUCCAAAACUACCGCAACCACAGCAACCAUGUCCAGGCCAGGGGCUUCUCCAUGGCCGACCUGGUGGGGAUCCUCUACUGCCUGGGGCGCACUCCAACCGAGCAGGCACAAGUGGUGUACGUCCACAACAGCCACAACGCCCACCUCUUCCCAGUGAAGGCCACGCAGUCUGUGAAUGUUGCUGAGCCGGCCACUUUCUCUGCCAAAGUCCUCAAGAGGAAGCAGACGGACGUUAUGUGGAAAAGAAAUGGUACCUACUACCAGACCACGGACCGAGGGGAGGUGCGGGGUGACCUUGUCACCCUGACGCUCCCCAACGUCAGCGUGAGUGAAAAUGGUGUCUACAGUGCCACGUUCAUGGGGGACAGCCCUCUGUGGAGUGCCUUCUACCGCCUGAUUGUGAGAGCCUGCCCUGCAAAGAAAUGGGGCCCGUCCUGUGAGAAGGACUGUCCCGACUGUCUGAACGGCGGCGUCUGCCACGACCAUGUUGGCGAAUGCGUCUGCCCUCCCGGGUUCAUGGGCACCCGCUGCGAGCGAGCCUGCCAGGAAGGACAGUUUGGCCGCAACUGCCAGGAGACGUGUCAGAGAGCCCAGGGCUGCAGGGGACUGAGCUUCUGCCUGCCGGAUCCCUACGGCUGCUCCUGCGCCUCAGGCUGGAGUGGCUCCCGCUGCAACCAAGCCUGUGCCACAGGAUAUUACGGCCCCGACUGUGCCCUGGCGUGCGCCUGCCAAAACGGGGGCAGCUGUAACCGCUUCAGCGGCUGCGUCUGCCCGGCGGGCUGGCACGGGCAGCGCUGCGAGAAGUCAGAUCGCUUUCCCCAGAUCAUCCAGCCGGCCUCAGAGCUGGAGUUCAACCUGGGCUCGGAGCCCAUCGUCAGCUGCGUGGCCACUGGCAACCCGCUGCCCACCAGCGACAGCGUGGAGCUGCGCAAGGCCGAUGGCACCGUGCUCAAGCUCAUCAAAGCGAUCAUCGAGCGAGGGCAGAUCACCUGCGAGUUUCAGGUGCGGCGCCUGACGAAGGCAGACACGGGGCUCUGGGAGUGCCGGGUCUCCACAACCGGGGGCCAGGACAGCCGGAAAGUCAAGGUUAACAUCCGAGUGCCGCCAGCGCCGCUGAGCCCCCCCCGUCUGCUGGCCAAGCAGAGCCGCCAGCUCGUGGUGUCUCCUGUGGACUGCUUCUCUGGGGACGGGCCCAUCACCUCCAUAAAGCUGCUCUACAAGCCCAAGGACGACACCUCGGAGUGGUCAUCCAUUGUGGUUGACAACAGCGAGAACAUCACCCUCAUGAACCUCCGGCCAGUGACCGCCUACAUCGUCAAGGUGCAGCUGAGCCGGCCGGGGGACGGUGGGGAGGGCAGCAAGGGGCCCGAGGCUGUCAUGGUGACUGAGUGCCUUGAGCCCACAGUCAAGCCUGUGAUUGAAGGCUGGUCCAUAGAGGAGAAAAACACACUCCACGUCAACUGGAAAUUGCCAAGUAACCACGAGCCGGCACAUGGGUUCAUCGUCCACCUCUUCGACUCCGCAAGGCAGCUGGUCUGUAAGAAAAACAUCACGUCCAUCUCUGUGCUCUCUGCCCGCAUCGGGGACCUGGAGUUCAACAAGGAAUAUGGGCUGGAAGUGCUGGUGUACCACUGCGCCAGCCUGGGGCCUCCCUCCGACCUCUACAAGGUCAUGAUCAACAGCAAAGGGCCCUCCUCCCCACGGCUGCUCUCAGCAGAGUCCGUGUCCGACACUGCUGUCAAGCUGUCCUGGCAGGUCCCUGAGUACCCCAACGGGGGCAUCACCAAGUACAUCGUGGAGCUGCAGCAGGUGGGGGGCACCAGCGAGCCUCAGUGGAUCGACACCGACAGCGGUGCCCAGACCACCAAGAUCGUUGGAGGCCUCAAUGCCAGCACCAGCUACCAGUUUCGUGUCCGUGCCAACUCCCAUGUGCCGGGGGAAUGGAGCCAGCCUGUGAAAGCCAAGACCCUGGGGGACGGAAUGCUGAGUGUGCCACCCAGCCUGGGGAGCCAGAGCAUCGAGCAGGCAGGAAUAGACCAGCAGCUGCUCUUGGCCAUCGUUGGCUCUGUGUCUGUCACCUGCCUCACCAUCCUCUUUGCCCUCCUGGCACUUUUCCUCAUCAAGAAGAACUUUUUCCACCGCCGCCGCACCUUUACGUACCAGUCUGGCUCGGUGAGUGCCGCCUGCCCCGCCAGGACCGUGUCCCCAGCUCCCCACGUCCCAGCCCGAUCCAGGUCACGCUCCGUAGCUUCCAGUCCGGAUGCAGCCAGACCUCACCUCCACGCGGAGAGGGGGGAAGAGACCAUCCUGCAGUUUAACUCGGGGACCCUGACCCUGACACGCCGGCCCAAGCCGCAGCCUGAGCCCCUCAGCUACCCCAUCCUGGAGUGGGAAGACAUCAAGUUUGAGGACAUGAUUGGGGAGGGCAACUUCGGGCAGGUCAUCAGGGCCAUGAUCAAAAAGGAUGGCCUGAAGAUGAACGCGGCCAUCAAGAUGCUGAAAGAGUUUGCUUCGGAGAAUGACCAUCGGGACUUCGCCGGGGAGCUGGAGGUGCUGUGCAAACUGGGCCAUCACCCCAACAUCAUCAAUUUGCUGGGCGCCUGUGAGAACAAAGGCUACCUGUACAUCGCCAUUGAGUACGCUCCCUACGGAAACCUGCUCGACUUCCUCCGCAAGAGCCGGGUCUUGGAGACAGACCCGGCCUUUGCCAAGGAGCACGGCACUGCCUCCACCCUCACCUCCCAGCAGCUCCUCCAGUUUGCUUCAGACGUGGCCAAGGGGAUGCAGUACCUGAGUGAGAAGCAGUUCAUUCACAGGGACCUGGCAGCCAGGAAUAUUCUGGUGGGGGAAAACCUGGCCUCCAAGAUUGCCGACUUCGGCCUCUCCAGAGGGGAGGAGGUCUAUGUGAAGAAGACAAUGGGCCGCUUGCCAGUUCGCUGGAUGGCCAUAGAGUCCCUGAACUACAGCGUGUACACCACCAAGAGCGACGUGUGGUCGUUUGGUGUCCUGCUCUGGGAGAUCGUCAGCUUGGGGGGGACGCCGUACUGCGGGAUGACGUGUGCUGAGCUCUACGAGAAGCUGCCCCAGGGCUACCGCAUGGAGAAGCCACGCAACUGCGAUGAUGAGGUGUACGAGCUGAUGCGGCAGUGCUGGCGUGACCGCCCCUAUGAGCGCCCGCCCUUCGCCCAGAUCUCCAUGCAGCUCAUCCGCAUGCUGGAGGCCAGGAAGGCCUACGUGAACAUGGCCCUGUUUGAGAACUUCACCUACGCAGGGAUCGAUGCCACUGCUGAGGAGGCGUGAGGCUGCGCUGGCACCGUGCAGAAGGGCAAUGCUGGCCCCAGCCUGCAGGGACAGGGCUGUGGGGACACUGGUGCCUCUUCCUGAGCGUGCCUUCCCUGCAGCAGGACUGUGCCAUCCCCUCCCUGGCUGCCCACCCAGCACGUGCUGGCCACGCUGGUGUGCCACCGGCCACUGACACAGCCCCAGGCUGCUGAGCAACAUGCUGGGAUGGCCCUCCAAGGAUGGGCAGCAGCAGGGUGCUUGCAGCAAAGCGGGCAGGAGAGGAGCUCUCUCAAGGAGCACGGGGCUGCCACCUGAGCCCAAGGACACAAAUGCCCAAGCUUCGGGGCAAGAAGGGAAGCAGUGACCUGGCAGCUGCCUACCCUGCAGCUCUCAGCGUGCUCUGGCCCUGCAGUGGAGCCAGCAGGGCUGUGAGCGUUGCUGCUGCCUUGGGACAGGCCACCCUGAGGGGCGCAACGUGACAAGGGACAACCUUCGUUGUGCACUGUCUCCAGCUCUGCAUUAACCCUUCAGAGGUGCCAGCUCUACCCUAAGGACAAUAAACAGGGCAACAGGCAGACACGUCCAGAGGAGAGGAGGGAGGACACAGCUCUGCCCCUCUGAUGGCAUGAGGGAACAGGAUGCAGGCACCCGAUGGUCUGCUGCCGUGGUGGUCACUCCUCAGGACUCUGUCCAUGUUGGGGUCCUCCGAUGAUUCCCAGGGAUGCCCCAGCACCCCAGGACAGUCUCCAGGUCUCAUCAUGCCAUGGGGAUGGGUUUUCUUAGUAUCCAGCUGGGAUGGCUCCCCUGCAAUUUAAGACUUUGUCCUGUGCCCGGGGGAUAUGGGACAUGACUAUGCCCCCCUGUGCACAGCCGCCUCUCGCACGCUUGGAAACUGUCCCUGCAGCUUCCCCUCAGACAGCCCUGCCUCAUGGGGAUGGCCUCGCUCCUCGAGCCAGUCCCUGUGCAGCUCUGCACCCUUCCUGCCCACCCAGCCCGCGCUGUGCCGCUGGGUAAGGCCGCUGGGCCUCACUGCUGGGACGUGGCCGCCGGGGUCCUUCCCUCUCGCGUGCCGGGCGCUGGGCUCUGCGCUGACCUGUCCCCAGGCUGCGGCCCCUCGCCCUGCACUGCUGCUCUUGGUUGUGCUGACAGUGGGAGGGCUUCACCUCUGCUGGCUUCAGCUUGCAAAGCCCUGGGCAUGCCAUCCAGCUGCCCAGCGAGACAUCUGCUGCAGCCUAUGUGAAGCAAGGGCUGCUCCUCCAAGAGCCCAGUAUCCCAGCUGGAGGCAGAAGCAUUUGCAUUUGCCUUUCUGAACAAGAGUCUUUUUUCCUCAAUGGUGUUUCCACUUUUGGUAUCAAAAACACCAUUCUGAUUUCCA